CUAAACUUCUCACUUGUUAAAAUUCAUGUGACGUAAAAUGAAAAACAAACAAAACAUUUCCCAUGAGUCUCUAGAGCUCCAAUUUCCCCGGCAAAUUUACACGUGCCGCGAUUAAUUCGUAAUCCCGACCACGACAGAGGAGAAAUAUUGACCAUGUCCCAAGAGAAGCCAGACGCUUGCAGCCAGACCCAGUCACAGCCAGACGCUUGCAGCCAGACCCAGUCGCAGCCUCCGACCCAGUCCCAGAGUGGCUCCAGCUCCUCCUCUGCUCCAGGCUCUGCCAGCCAGUCAUCCUCUGGGUCUGGCACAGUCAGUUCAGUGGACACCAUCCCCGUUAGGGACCUGGGCUCCAUACCAGAGGAGCAUGAGCCACAGCCCUGGGGCCUCCUGCUGCCUAUGCAGAGAGGCUUCAGAGCCCACAACUGUGUUGAGGACGACGCUUGGUUUGGCCGGCACACUAAAUGCAACUAUUCCUUUGAUGUCCCCAUACUGAGGAAAUCAUCCAGAUUUGCUGCAUACAGCAAUAAACAUUUUAGGAUAUUCCGAGAGAAGAACAUUGUCUAUGUCUUUGACAACAGUAACAAUGGCACGUUUGUUGACGGUAAAGUGAUUGGAAAAGGAAAAAUGUUGCCACUAGCGAACAAUGCAGUGUUGUCCCUUGCUGAAGAACGCCACAAAGUGUUUGUGUUCAUUGAUCUCAUGGUGGAUGAGCAGUCCAACCUACCCAAAGAGUUAAGCGAGAAAUACAUGAUCACCAAAAAGAUUGGAGUUGGUGUGUGUGGGGAAGUGAAGCUGGCUUUUGAGAGGGCCACUUGCAAAAAGGUGGCCUUGAAGACUAUCAACAAGAAAGAUUUCCCGGCAUCUGUUGGCACUGCCACGCGAAGUGCAGAACGAGAGAUCCAGAUUCUUCAAAAGAUUGACCAUCCUUGUCUGAUCAAAACAAAAGACUUCUUCCAAACAGAUGACUCAUACUACAUUGUUUUAGAGCUCAUGGAGGGUGGAGAACUCUACGACCGGGUCAAAAGCAAGCAACAGAUCAAGGAGCCGAUUGCCAAGCUAUAUUUUUACCAGAUGUUGAAAGCAGUAGAGUACCUUCACAACAAUGGCAUCAUCCACAGAGACCUCAAACCUGAAAAUGUGCUGCUUUCGUCUCACGACGAUGUUUGCAUCAUCAAGAUCACAGACUUUAAUCAGUCCAAGAUACUGGAGGAGUCUGCCCUGAUGAGGACCCUUUGUGGAACACCCACAUACCUGGCACCAGAGGUGUUUACAGACGCAGUCACUGUGGGCUACAGCAGGGCUGUAGACGCCUGGAGUUUAGGGGUCGUCCUGUUUGUGUGUUUGGCAGGCUAUCCCCCAUUCUACCCGAAUGCACGAAUUGGUUUGUCAGUCAGUGAUCAGAUCACCCAGGGAAUAUAUACAUUUAUUCCAUCAAAAUGGGACGGCAUCUCCGAUGAUGCCAAAGAUGUUGUGAAGAAACUGCUUCGAGUGGACCCCAAUGCCCGCCUCACCAUUGAGGAGGCAUUACAGCAUCCCUGGCUGAUGGAUGAGGCAAUGAAGGAGACCGCUGAAGGCAUCAUGUACCCCAAGGACCCCGGAGAUGCCGAUGCCACAGCAGACCCCGGAGAUGCCGAUGCCACAGCAGACCCCGGUGAUGCCACAGCAGACCCCGGUGAUGCCACAGCAGACCCCGGUGAUGCCACAGCAGACCCCGGUGAUGCCACAGCAGACCCCGGAGAUGCCACAGCAGACCCCGGAGAUGCCGAUGCCACAGCAGACCCCGGUGAUGCCGAUGCCACAGCAGACCCCGGUGAUGCCGAUGCCACAGCAGACUCCGGAGAUGCCACAGUAGCCUCAACCGGAAAGAGGUCAAGAGAUGAUAAGGAAGAGCAGCAGCCAACAAAGAGGUGACCAGGCCCAUCCACAGAGGCAACAUGAGCCACAUUCCACCCUUGUCACCCCAUUGGAGACUCCCCUGAUGUUUUUCUUCUGGCAAUUAGGCCUACUUGAAAUCAGUAUAUUGCAUUUCAACACCGAUCACUGUAAUCAUUCCCACAUGUCCCUGUUCAGGAUAGUGCAAUCAACUGGAAUUUACUUGAUUACUGCAUGUUGAGUUCCAACUCGUGGGCACAUGCGGAGCUAGCUCCACAUUGUUACGGUGGUGAUCUGUGAAUGCUUCCAUACAGCAGUUAUACAUUAGCUAGUGUAAAGCAUAGCAGGUACAUUUUCAACUAACCAGUUCUUGGCGAUACUUUUGUCUUUCUCAAUUCUGGAGAAAAGUAUCUUCUCGAUGUCCAGUUGCAGGUGGUUCUCCAAAAAUAUAUUAAAUCCACGUUUGCACCGAGUGAGGAGUUCCCUCGCCAUUUUAUCUGCAUCUUGUGUUUCCCCAAGAGCUUUGCAGGAACUAGAUGUUUCGAUGUGACACGGCCACAUGUAGACGACGAAGCGUCACACAGUGGGACCAAAACAAAUAUCUGCAGACAUGCAAGAGGCAUUUGCAUUUCUCACUCCAUACAAAACGUGGAUUUAAUAUCUGUUUGAAUAUUCAUUUUUUUAGGGGAGAACCACCUACAACUGGACAUUUUAUAAGAUGUACUUUUCUCCUAUAUCGAGAACAAAGAAAGUAUCACCAAGAACAGGUUAGUUGAAAAUUGGCCUGCUAUGCCUUAUACUAGCUAAUGUGUAAUGUAUGGAAGCAUUCAUAGAUCAGUGCAACAAUGUGGAGCUAUGUCUACUGGAAAUUGCCUCCUGUUUUGUAAAUUGUUUUUGUACAAAAAUGUUAUUUUCCACUGGGUUUUUAUUGUUGUGCAUCCCAUAAUUCUUGAUUUGUAUAUCAUUAAAAAAAUCUUACUUUAUUGAACAUUUUCA